AUGCAGCCGGUCCUGGACCGCGGGCGGGCGGCGGCGCGGCACCAGCGCCAUGGCGCCCGCGAGGCCAUGCCAGGUGACGGCCGCGACGCCACCGCCAUGAAUCACGAAAAAGCAGCGGGCCCCACCGUGGCGCAUAGGAUUGACCCCAUGUGCCCCGCCACGCCGCCCGGCCAUUGGGACAAUCAGCGCGGCGACCGGCAAGGGGUCGAAGACGACUACGGCCCAUGCAUGAUCCCGCCUUUCGUCUCCGAACUGAUGCAUUCGGACGAAAGCAACGAGAACUUCAGGUUGGAGUUGCGGAAGGGCGUGGCCGAGGCAGGCGCCCCCGGCAACGACAUCCGCAUGCCGCGGUACGUCAUGGAGGCGGUGGCUACGUUAGGCGACGCCCCCGCCGCGCAGCGAGGCUGCCUCGAACGCCUGCCGCCCUCGCGCGCGCCCGCGCGGCAGGCCGCGGGCGUGCCCCGGGCCGCGCUCGCCGAGGCCGAGGAGCUCACGCCCGAGGCGAUGGCCAAGCUAAAGGCGGAGCUGUCGACGCAGAACCACGGGCUUGACAACCUAGAGGUCCUCGGCUGCUACCACUACGGCUACAGAUACCACCCGGCCAUGGAGGUGCCCGGCCACACGCAGCCAUUCCACAUGAGAACCCCGAUGCACUGCCAGGCGUGGUGCAGGGCGACCCCGGGCUGCGACAACUUCGCGUUCUGGCUGGACAAUCACGAGUGUUGGCUCGGCGGCAAGGACGCGGUGCUUGUCAUGGCCAAGUCCUUCGGCGCCCUGGCCGGCCCGGCCACCUGCCCCACGGAGGACCCGCCGGAGUCCUGCACCGAGAUCCCGAGCCUGCUCUUGUGCGGCGUGCCCAGCGUGCCCGCCAAUUCCGGCUUGCCCAGGAGCGCCGUCGCCGGUCUGCCCGGCGGAACCGCCUGGGACGGCCGAGGGCCCGCCGCUGGCUGGGCUGGGGCCGCUCUGGGGCACGGGCCGAGCAGCACCAUGGCGGCUCAUCAGCUACCCCCAUGGGCGUGGGUGCAGUACGCCGGCGCGCCGCUCUGGCAUCAGCGGAGAGUGCUGGGUCGCUUGAGGCCAUUGGCGACUCGACCGACUGAGCCUUUCCGCCUGCUGAUCGCGACGGCCCAGCGUGAUGUCUAUGACGAGUUGUACGACGGCUCCAGCGUGGACAUCCAGGGCGUCAGAUUCGCUGCUACGCGUACGGUCCCGCCUGGCCUGGAUCGCGCCCAGACCCACCGCUUUCGGCGUGAGCCGACGGCGGCCGAGAUGGUGGCCUUCAACGUCGCGGCUGAGCAGGUGUGCCAGGACAUCCUCGCCGCCGAGGCUGCGGCGGCCGCAGCGGCCCCCCUUGGCGCUGCUGCCGCGGCCGUGCCAGACAAGUGGGUCACGAUCGAGAGCACGUCCUUCAACGUUCGCGGCGUCGUGGACCAGCUUCCAGUGAAUGCUCAGAUCUCCGGGGACUUGGCAGUCUUCACUCCUCCUAGUCAUGGUGCCGUCGCCGCGCGCAACAUCCGUGAUCUUGAUGAGGGGGUCUUCAAGGCCUUCGAAGCUGUGAAUGAUCCCCGCGCCCUGCUCCAGGCUCAUCAUGCUGACCCUCGUCCUCGUCGGGGUUAUGCUGAGGCGGUCCGUGACAUGGCCGAAUGUGUGGUGAGCAACUGGACGGUGCCUGGUCCGAGGACCGUCCUCUGGUGCGCCCAGUGGUUGGAACGCCGAUCCAGUACGCCUCUUUCGCACCACCGCUGGUUCACCUCGACGUUCAACCUGAAGGCUGACCAGUGUGGCAUCGAGGCCCACGGGACGGCGCUCAGGGCCCUCGAGGAGCUUCUGUGCUUCGACGGGGCCGACCCGUCCAACUUGGCCAGGGUUGAGUUCAUCAUGAGGAAGGCCCAGCUCACGGAGUACGUCUACUGGAUGGACUCUCUCGGAACAUCGGAGAAGAACAAGAAUGCUGGUAAGCCCUCGGUCUCUUUCAGCGGCCUCAUGGAUGAGUCGGCGAUCUUCUCGGGCCUCAACAAGGACACAGGCGCUGCUAUGGUGUGCCCAUCCCUUCUGGAUCACGUCGCCGCCGAGGUUCAGAAGGACGCAGCGAUCUCGAAACAGGUGAGGAAGGCCACGGAGGGGCGGGCAGCGCUCCUCAAGAAGCAAUGA